AUUAUACGAUGUCAUAUGUAUUUAUUUCUAAUACAGACUGGAGGAUACUUAUUAAGUCUAUUAAUAUAUAUUUCUAGAGCACGUAAAGAUAUUAAACUAUACUUCUUAAAAGUAGCGAAAAUUAAAUUGGAUAAUUCAUUCGAGUCAACUCACAUCAGUAAGAAAAUGAAACCCACUGUGGCCGCUGAUGAAAUGUUUCCUGAAGGAGUGGGACCAUACAUGGAUUUAGAGGAAGCUGGUGGGCCUUCCAACCUUUUAAUGGAUUUAGCUGCUAAUGAAAAAGCGGUACAUGGAGACUUUUUUAAUGAUUUUGAAGAUUUGUUUGAUGAUGAUGAUUUAAAAUAACAAUAGUAAAAACCUUUAUUUUACAUCAGCUAUUAAUUUAAACAGCAGAAGUUAAGACAUUUCAACUUAGUUUUAUUACAGAUUGUUGUUGAAAAUCUUGCUUCUUGUGUUCAAUUUUAAAAUAAAUUAAGAAUAUGGAUUAUUAAAACUUUUGUCCAA